AUGACGACCAAUCCCGAGUCAGGGCCUGAUGAAAAGACCGACCCGCCCGCUGCCACAGAUCAUGAAGUUCGUGCUAUCACGCCUGAUGAGCCACGGUUGAAAUAUUCGGAGCUGAUAUGCUUUCACUCAGCAGUUCCAUGUCACUCACUUCGAGUAUCACCGAUUACCCCAUGGAAAGUGGUCGGAGAUACCAUCGAUACCAUGAAGGAAGUGAGUUCCCAUCGCAUAAUGGAUGUCACUUCUUCUUCUUCUUCUUUUUGGCUAUCCCGUGGCAGUAUUGCAGUCAAGGCUAAUAGCAGCUCCAUAGCGUACCUCUAUCCCAACGAUGAAAUAGAACUGGACCGAUUGGACAUGCAAUAUGAAAUAAUAAGGAUGGUAAAUGAAGGACGAAUUUUCUUUGCGCCCUUGGAUAACCCAGAACGAGUGCUUGACAUUGGUACCGGAUCAGGUAUCUGGCCAAUCGAAAUGGCUGAGAUAUUCCCCGAUGCUCAGAUCAUCGGAACCGAUUUAUCUCCUGUCCAGCCGGGACAGGUACCGCCGAAUGUUCAAUUCUUUGUUGACGAUGCCCAAGAGGAAGACUGGUUAUGGCCGAAAGAUCAUUUUGAUUAUAUCCGCUCAUCAAUGCUUCUCGGAGCCCUCAAUUCCUAUAAGUCUCUCAUAAACACCGCUCGCACAUACUUAAAACCAGGCGGGUACAUGGAGUGCCACGAAUGGGAUGUCGCCCUUUUCUGUGACGAUGACACAUUACCUGCACCGCAAGAUGACUUCCAAUGUCCACAUGAAUUCCAGAAUUGGAUCCAAUACCUGCGCCUAUCCACAAAAAAUCUGGAUAGACCAGUGUUUAUUGUUGAUAAAAUCGCCGAUUGGAUGCGGGAGGCCGGCUUCGAAGACGUCAAGGAAACCAUUACAAAGAUUCCGCUGAACCCUUGGCCCAAAGAUCCACAUCUAAAGCGUCUCGGUGCCUGGAGCGAGAGAAAUUGGCUUGAUGGCAUUGCGGCAUUUUCAUAUGCGCCUUUUGGGGCCCGCGGUCUCGGAUGGACCCAAGAAGAGAUAGAGGUCUUCUUGGUUGGUGUGAGGCGAAGCAUCUCGGAUCGAAAAGUGCAUUCCUAUCAACGGUUUCAUGUUGUGACUGGCAGAAAGCCGUCAUCAUGA